GAACAAGGGGAGGACUUUUAUGAAUGGUCAGUGUGGAGUCCUUGUUCGAGAAGCUGCGGCAUUGGAGUGAAAUUUAGAGGACAGUUGUGUCUUCGGUGAGUUUUUUUAAUGUAGAACUAUAAUGGUUUGAUAUUUUUUCAAAAGUGUUGAUACCUGAAAGUACACAUCCACGAAGUGUCUCGGAGAAGGGGGAGUUGGUUUAGUAAUCACCAGCCAAGGACUUAUUUCUGGAUAUUUCGCUUGUCGUCCAUAUCAUAUCAUAGCAACAAUCUGUAACCAGUUUACAAAAGUAAAGAAGGAGUACCUUUUACAUAAAUUGAGAAAAAGAGGCCCUCGAAAAGGGUGGCAUCCAGUGUUUCCCCUGUCUUUUGCAUGGGGGUGAUAAAAUGAAUGUGUGUAAGUUAUGUUUGACAGUAGUGUAUUGUAUCAUCUAUAUAAUUUAUCUAUAUCUAGGAAAAACAAGGCAUUGUGUGUGGAGAAACCGAUAAUAUAUGAAACGUGCAACCCACAGGUAAGGAUAGCUAAGCCAUUGCACAAUCAAAACGAACUGGAACGUCCAAAAAAAAGUUCGUCAUAGUUUAGUCCGAUUUGCGGAGCUAGUAUUAGCGAGAAUCAUCUUCGUCCUUGCUCAAAUUAGUUACAAAAUAUUGGAUCGAAUCCGAGGAAAUGUGUCCUCCAUCAUACAGUCAAGUAUUCCUUUAUUAUUUUGUUUCGUUUCAUGCUGUUUUCUUAAACAAAAUGAACGAAGAAAAAGAGCAACAGAGCCCCCUUCCCUCUACCAUGAGUGGGGGUUUUACUCACACUCGAUAGUCGUGGCGUCACAGUUUUAAAGUGAGCAUGUGAAAUACAAGUGGGUUUGGCUCUUUCGAAAAAGAAACCAUUAGUCUGUUUGUAGGACUAUCGACUGUCAAUUUAUGUUUUCCUAUUUUUUCCCGAAUUUUGUAAUUGUUAAUUUUUCACUUAAUAUACGUGUAAGUUCUUACGAAGAAAGUUGAAAUUUUCGGUAGUCCUUAAAUUUCUUACGUAGUUAGUCAUACUUUUAUAUAGAUCGUUUCCUGUUUAUGUAAAUACGAGAAGGCCGCACGUUAUCUUGUAGAAAUUGCUAGUAUACGCUGGCAGAUCAAGAAUUUCAGUCACUUGGCCUAUAUUUCCCCUGAUUCAUCUACUGUCUCACACGUUUUCGUCACAUUCCCUUAAAUUAGCUUCCUUCGACUCCUACACAUCCCCCACUUCCAAAAGCAUUGCCUGUACUCUCAGGCAGGUGUGGCACUCAUCUCUGAAUGGACAACUUUUUGCAAGGUGUUGGUUCUUGAAAAGGUCUUCCAAAUAAUAAAUAAUUUGAUUUUUGGAAUGAGCUAUACUUACUCUAGCCGUGUCGGGUGAGUAUGGUGAGAAAUGCAUACUAUUGUGAUCAAGGUACGACCAUGUGAAGUUAGCUUUGUGAGGGGCUCCAUUGUCAGUAUGGAACUGGAUUCCGGACCGACUAAAUGUCCGUGCAGUUGACUGGAUACGGAAGAUAACCCUUGUAAAAACUGAAGUUAUAUAACUUGUGGCAGUGAAGGUAGCCCGUCGCGCGUUGCAUCGGCAACAAAAGGCCCCUGAAGAUUGACGACAAUUGUGAACAUCCUCAUUCUUGCACGGAAUCUGUUUUCAGGACGUCUAACGUAGUUCAUGAUCUUCAGUCAACCACACCAUGUUGGAACGUUUUCAUGUUGAAGAAAAGAAAUCCAACACUUGUCACCAGUAACAACAUAAAAACUCUUGUGGCCAUUUGGUUUAAGUUCUUGCAAGCACUUGAAGAAGACAUUCACCCCUUGUUCCCUUUUUUUUCUCAACUGGUACCUGGUACGGGACCGGUCUUACACUCUUCAUGAACCGACCCGGCUGAUCAUGGACUUUGGAAUCUGUACUUCCUCAGCUUCCACCAAGAUCCAAGGCUGAGAAUCUAAGCCACUUAGCACAGAACUGUCAUUCAAAGAAGUCUGUGGUCUCCUAGUACGUGUAUCCUGUUCUACUUCUUCUCCACCAUCAGCAAAAUGCUGAAUCCAUCUGGUAACUUUGCAAAAAGACGUUACCAGGUCGUCUUAAACCUUGGCAAGCUCUUCUGGUGGACAGGCUUUGCUCCAUUUUAACGGUUUCAUGUCACAACCAAAUCAGCGACUGAAUGAAAGGUCCUGGCAAAUUCUACUGACGGACUUUAUUUGAGAGCUAAAUUGACAAAACAAUCAAAAAUAGAACUGUGAAAGGUUUGAACCCAGGAGUUAUUUCAAAAGUAGGUUGAGUUUGAUCGUCCGGGUGAAGGUAGUCCUCCACAUUUCCCCAUUAUCCCCAUAAACAUUACUUGAACGUUACCUCUUGCAAUUACACCGAAAGAUCUCGACAGGGUGGGAAGAUGAGCAGAUAAAGUGAUUAAGGGAAUGAGAGCUAACUGCCAACCAGAAUGUAUGUGUUUGUGUUUCACUUUGAUUUGUUUAUGAAUCGCUCUUUUUUUAGGCAUGUCCUCCCGGAGGCACAAGUUUUCGUGAUUUGCAGUGUGGAAUUUAUAACGAUAGAAAUAUAUUCAUCAAUGGUCACAAAGCAAAAUGGCUAUCAUAUGUUCGAGGUAUCUGAACAUUCUCGUACUUUACAGUGGAAAUUUGAAUUGGUUUCAGCAAAGAGUAUAAUUAAAUAAAUAUAUUUUCACAUUAUGUCAGGCUGGCGAUAUUGGUAUUUGAAGUUUAACUCUUUUCUUAUGUACACACUUUCGUUUCACUAAAUUUGCCUUGUAUCUUGCCACUUGAGUGAGAGCGCUCUAUACAAGCCAUCAUAGUAAUUUCCAGUAGGUGACAAGGUUUUUUAAUGAACCGAGAAGACUUAAUAGCACAACUUCUAAAGCCAAAAAAAUCCCAAAUCAAAUAUCUUACUCGCUAUUUACUUAAGUAAUCGCUGGUAACAAUUCGCAUUUUUAAAAAGCAGCUGCUUGUAUACCAUGCGCAUUGAAAUUCUUCAAAAUUGAAUAAAAUCGUUUCAGCUACCAAUUCGGUGCAUUUUAUUUCAGGUGACAAUGAGUGCUUGCUGUUCUGCUACCCUCAAGGAGGACAAUUAUUUUAUUAUUUUGGAAAAGCAAAGGAUGGGACUCAGUGCUCCAAAGAACCUCGCGGCGUAUGUAUACGUGGGCGAUGUAAGGUAAAAUGAAAAAUAAAAAAAGGACAUAAUAUCACAGUGAUUCGAAGUACUGUAUACUGAUACGCUAUAAUGUUGAGGAUUUUUGCAUUCAGCCCAAAACAACAAAGCCAAACAAACGAAUAAUUAUACUCCACGGUAAAGUGAAAGGAAAGCAAUGAUGGAUUUUUCCCAGAUAAAUAAAAGGGAAAAGGGACGAAUUUUUCAAGUUUUAGUCACCUUCCAUACGAACCUUUUCCUAACCGAAUUCAUGUUUAAAUCUCUUUUAUGUUCUAGUUGAUUGCCAAUUCACCUAAGUCGAUUUGUUUUGAUACUUCAUCAGGAUGUUGGAGUCAUAGCUUUUCUUGAUGACACUGCACCCAUAUAGUUUAAGUAAUCUGCUUUGUUGCAUAUUUUCAUGGUUAAGCCAGUGGGAUGGGACAAUGUUCUCGAGUCAGGUGUCUACCUUGACAAGUGUCGCGUAUGUGGUGGGAAUUCCACAACGUGCGAGCCAGUCAGAGGAAGAAUAGAAAGAUCACCGAAUCAUUUUGAAAAGAUGUCAGGUGAGAGGGUGACUGCUUUGUGGGUCGAACAUUAAGAGCUAAGCAUACAGAUAUAUAUUUCCUGUUUUGUUGUAGGGUUUUGUAUUCCUCCCGCUUUUUCUUGGUAUGAGUGGGAAUUAAGGCUUUCGUUAGCUAAGAGUUCUUUUUAUUGUGUAAGAUUCACAAUUUAAUAUCUGUUGAACAGGAAAUUACUUUGUACAAUGUGUAACUAUUAACAAAAUUUUCUCAUUAGGAUAUGCAGAGGUAAUGGUCAUUCCAAAGGUUCAAGGAGUGUGUUUCUUUCAGAUGAAACCUGAAAUUAUUUAGGUAGGCUGGAAAAACCAAAACCGACAAAACACAUAGUCAAGUAAAAUACAAGUAAAAUUAAAGCUUCUACUAGCUUGGGUACUUCCCCUAAGACCAAGAAUUCAUAAUUAGGUCUCCACUGGUGGAUAACACUUGCUAUCUGACACAGUUCUUAGUUAGGGUAGGGUGGUACCGUCUAAUGCAAAUUGCUUCUUUUACCCCUUCAAAACCGAGCACUCUGUCCCGACAUAUAGUACUUUGUAUAUUUGUACUAAUCUCUAUGUACGAAUACUUAAUUCGUCUGUUGAGAUCGGGGUUCCCGAAUUAAAUUUCGGAUGAGCUUAUUCUUUACUCAUCCAUCUAUAACAUUCUGAAUUUCUUCAUUUCAGCUAUAAAGAGAAAAAACGGUGAUUAUGUCUUCAAUGGCGAUCGGAUAGCAAGCUGGUCUGGUUUGUACAAAAUUGGUGACGUGGAUGUUCAGUACACGAAAUUUUCAAACAAUAUCAGAGAAACCAUCCAGAUACCAGGACCCUCCGAAGAAGAUAUUUAUGUAAUGGUUAGUCACUCUUAGCUUCUAUACAGCAUAAGUAACAUUUCUUUUUCCAUCUCAGUUGGUAUUUUUGGUAACGCAGAUUUGCCCGAAAAAGUUAGUAAUUAUUCUUGUAAACAACCUUGGCAAAACAGAUCGUUAACAUUAGGUCUCUACCUCGUUUAACACCAGUGCAACCGUCGGCCUUGAAUGUGCCCCAGUGAUUUUAUUUUAUUUAUUUUUUCAAAUUUGUGAAGCACGUAAGGUUCCUUAGUGGACGUUCGAGUGGUUAUUAGGUAGAUUUAGCAAAGGUCACACAAUGUCUAAUAAGAAUGUAAAAGUUCACACAAAAGACUGAACGCAACAUCCAUUUUUUUAAUUUGCCACACUGCUAUUGGCCAAUUUGAUUUUAGAUCUACGCGCGCCGUCACAACGUCGUAAGGGAAUUUUAACUUUACCCGAAAACAAGCUUUGACUAACCCACGCCUACUGAGGGUAAACCAAGUCGAAAUAUAAAUAUUUGUUUUUAUAUAUUAGGCUUCCUAAUGAAUGUUUUAAAAGCUUUGACAGAAUUUUUCUUUGUACUGAUUUUUACUAUUAUGCUUCGUUUUAGUGUCUGCUUAUUACGGGAAAACUUAACACAAGCUUUGAAUACUGGAUGCCGAUAAAAGAUACAAAAGUUUUACAAGGCAAGUGGAACGAUCUAAAGAAACGCAAAUUUCUCCUCUGAGGAAGUGCUUUGAAUAAUGUUAACGGGGCUGUGAAAAUUUGUAUGAGUACCUCAAUUCGCAAUGCUUAUACAAUGGUCUUUCGCUUUCUGUACAAUAAAAUUAUAUUAGUAUAGGUUGGAAUGAUUGCAACUUAGAAAUCGUAUAGAAUAUUGGAGAACUUGUCUUUUUGGGAGCACAAAACUCAUUUAAUCCUUCUUGAGUGCUUGAGAGUGAACACUGGUGACAUCAAAUUUUUAAAAAAUGGUAAAGUAUGAAGGGGACAAGUUAGUUUUGGCCGAUUUUUGUUUCCUUUUUUGUUCCAGAAGCAGCUGAAGUCAAGACAUAUCUUCAGGGCAACCGCUUAGACUUACUGAUAGAGUGGGGUAGGUGGACAGCUUGUUCUACCACAUGCGGAGGUGGAAUCAAAGUACGGGCUCGAAAGCGCGGCAACGGAGACGUUUCGUCCUUCCUAGGUGGAGAGACAGACGUUCAGCGAUGCGGUGAUGUGCCGUGUGAUGAGAUGAUGUCUGAAUGGUCGGAGUGGGGUCCGUGGGAUGAUUGUAGUGCAUCGUGCGGAGGUGGAGCAAGGAUGAGGUUUCGUUAUUGCAAAACACCUAACCAGUCUACUGACAGAUCUAGCUGUCUCGGUGAUAGAUACGCAGUGGAGCUCUGCAACGCACAGGAGUGCCCUACAGAAGGU